UGGCGUAUUUUCUUGCACCGAGUAAUGCGGCGUCGUUGGCCGCUAAGGAGGGCGGAGAUUUCUGUGGUGAAGUAGGGGGAGGGCUCCAAGGAGGCCUCGGGAAGAGCCGGGGUCUGAACUAUAAAGAGAGAAGUUGAUGUGGGCACUGCUAGUCUUGGACCGGCGGCUUGAAGUCUGAGAUCAUCGUGGAACCGUGAGCAGCGGUCAGCUUUGAAAUUUAUAAACUAUGGAGAAGACUCAAGAGAAAGCUGAAAGAAUUCUUCUAGAGCCCUAUAGGUACUUACUUCAAUUGCCAGGUAAACAGGUGAGAACCAAACUUUCACAGGCAUUUAAUCACUGGCUGAAAGUUCCAGAAGACAAACUGCAGAUUAUCAUUGAAGUAACUGAAAUGUUGCAUAAUGCCAGCUUACUCAUUGAUGAUAUUGAAGAUAACUCAAAGCUCCGACGUGGUUUUCCAGUGGCACAUAGCAUCUACGGAAUCCCUUCUGUCAUCAAUUCUGCCAAUUACGUCUACUUCCUCGGCCUGGAGAAAGUCUUAACACUGGAUCACCCGGAUGCUGUGAAGCUUUUCACACGCCAGCUUUUGGAACUCCAUCAGGGACAAGGCUUAGAUAUUUACUGGAGGGACACCUACACCUGUCCCACUGAGGAAGAGUACAAAGCCAUGGUGUUGCAGAAGACAGGUGGAUUGUUUGGACUAGCAGUAGGUCUCAUGCAGUUGUUUUCUGAUUAUAAAGAAGAUUUAAAGCCACUGCUUGACACACUUGGGCUUUUCUUCCAGAUUAGAGAUGAUUAUGCCAAUCUACACUCCAAAGAAUACAGCGAAAACAAGAGCUUCUGUGAAGACCUGACGGAAGGGAAAUUCUCCUUCCCCACUAUUCACGCCAUCUGGUCACGGCCAGAAAGCACCCAGGUACAGAACAUCCUGCGCCAAAGAACAGAGAAUAUAGAUAUUAAAAAAUACUGUGUGCAGUACCUGGAAGACGUAGGUUCUUUUGAAUAUACUUGGUACACUCUUAGAGAGCUUGAAGCAAAAGCCUACAAACAAAUCGAGGCCUGUGGUGGAAACCCUGCGCUAGUGGCUUUAGUGAAGCAUUUAAGUAAGAUGUUCAUGGAGGAAAAUGAAUAAUGGUUGCCAUUCUUCCUUAGACUCAUAGCUUCUUCCAGUUGAUAACGGGGAGAGGCUUCCUAUUUAUCUUUUUAAGUACUAGUCUCCAAAAGGAGUAAAUGAGGGUGAAAUUGUCAGAAUCCCUUUGCAUAAGAACACAAACUUAAGGGCUGGAGGGAUGGCUCAGUGGUUAAGAGACUGCUCUUCCGCAGGACCCAGGUUUAAUUUCCAGUGCCCACAUAGUUCAUCACCAUUUGUAACCCCAGUUCCAAUGAUCUGAUGGCCUCUUCUGGCAUUUGCCGGCAGCACGCAUGCACGUAAUACACAGACAUACAUGUAACCAAAACAUAUAUAUAAGAUAGAUUAUUUUUUAAUUUUUUAAAAAUGCAAAAUUGAAAUUAUCAGGAGCCACAAACACGGGUCUUAGAAAUGUCAUACGCUAAAUGUGACCAACUGUCCCUACUACCACAUGUGUGUUUUGGGUUUGUGAAUAAAAAGGACUUAAUCUUCCAAGAAACUUUCUGCUUCCUAACUGUAUGGCAUGGAUGGUUCCCAAUUCAUUGAUGCUUUAGUUCAAAACAGGGACUUCCUAGACAAAUCUCUAGGUGACCUAAAGACCAAAGAACUGCCCGCCUUCCCCUAGAUGAUAUUGCCGAGAGUGUGUCAGUGUUGUCAUUGAAGGCCUCUACCAAAGUCUGAAAAGACGGAGUGAAAGCAAUCAGUACUCUCCCUACCCACUUUCUUGUUUCCCUCCUUAACACCCCACAAAUUCUGGGUUUUUUGGGUUUUUUUUGUCUUUUUUUGGUUUUUUGCCAAGGAGGCUUUACACUUAAUGAAGUUCACAUCCUGGUCUCAAUUUAUUUUUUGUCUGUUUUUGUUUGUGUGUAUGUGUGUUUUCUUUUAACAUUUUUUUCUGACCCAGACUGAUUAGUAUCUGUGUAUAAUGUUGUUUCUAUGAAAGAGGAAAAUAGACAGAAAAAGUGUUUUGUGUACCUGGGAAGCAAUCCGAGGGAGACUCAGGAAGAUCAGAAGUUCAAGGUUAUUCCCAGCUAUGAGUUUGAGGCCAGUCUGGGCUACAUGAGACUUUGUCUGAAAAGGAGAAAGAAAAAGAAAAAGGAUUAUUUUUUAUCUUAAGACAAGUUUCAAAAUGCAAUUCUAGCUGGCCUCUAAGGAUCAAAGGAUCCACCAACCUGGCCUGUCUCCCGGGUACUAGGAUCAAAGGUGUGGCCCACCACGCCUGACAAAGAAUGUGUAAAUCAGUUUAUUUUCUGGCCUGGUACUAAUCCAUGGUUCUUCUGUC